AUGGAGCCAGUACCCAUCAACGACCUGCUGUACGACCAUCUGGUGCUGCCCGCCCAACUUCCUCAGGGACGGGAACAUGAUCGUCAGCUGCGGCUUGUGGAGGAAGCCCUCACCAAGCGACUUAUCGACGCGGCCAAGGUCAUGCAAGCCUCCGGCGCCCUCAACCGCAAUGGCAGAAUCGACAAGUCCGCAUUUCUUCUUGAACUCCAACGCCUUGGCCCAUCUGGCUGUCUGAUUCUCCACAUCGAGAGCCAAAAUGCUGGUCUCCUCAUCCGGAGGCAACAAGACCCUAUCUUCAAUGAUUGCGUCGUUUUCGAAGCAUUUGAGGCUUCUCCGAGAAACGAGGACGUGCUUGCCACCAAAGGUGCCCUGCAGUGGGACUUUCCCGGCAUCGCCGUGGCAGUCCCUUUCGCCACGACUUUUAGUGACGACGACUUCCUACUCAAUGUGGCGACUUUCAUUGAGCAGGCGUCGCUGGAAAACACCAAGUCGUUUGCUGCCCAUACCUUCAAGGCCGGCGCCGUCGUCUACGAAUACCGAAAUACCGGCGACCCGUCCAUCAUUACCUCUUUGUUCAUGGCAAUCCUCGAAGAGAAUGGAAGAAGGGUGGCACCGACGCUGUUGAGGAAGCGAGUCAGGGACGAUGUUUGCUGGAACCGGGCUGAGAAGCCUUGGCGGCGACUGCCCUACUGGCUGGUCCUACGUGUCGGCAUCCAGCGCUAUCUAUCACUUGCCUCGGACCUCAACGCAGAGGGUGGUCGUUUUGAGUACAAGUUUUUCAUCGCCGUUGUUCUCUCGACCUUCCUCGACGAUGCACCAAGCCAGUCGAUCAGUGUCGAACGUGUCCACUUCCUGAGGAAGAAGCUUUGCAGACGUCUCGUCAAGCUCGAUCUCGACAAGCAACGUUGCACUGGCGACAUAGCGUCGUCCCGCUGUGACUUCCUUUUCGACUACCUGGGGCCAAAGUUCAACAAGACCAUCGAGUACUGUACCAACGUUCUGAACCGCGCCUUGGCCACUCAAAGGGCUGCCGUCAUAAAGCAGAUUCCCCUACUGCCACCCCGGGCUGCGGAUGCAGAUGUCCGUCUGAAUCUCCGGCUGAGUCACCCAUACCUCAAGAGCGCCCUCCAAGGCUUCCGGUUCCCUCGGAAGGCGAAGCGAUUUAGAGCAAUGCCGGACGCAGCCCUGACUGAGGCAGCCAAGGAUCACUUGAGCCAGUACGCUCAAUCCUAUCACAAGCUGAUCGACAAAGAGCUUCAACUUGCCAGGUUGCCAGGAGAGAGUUGUUUCGAAAUAUCUCGACAGAUCUUGGACUAUGUCAAUAUGGCCAAGCCACUGUAUGCGGGAAAUCCAGAGCAGAACAGUCAGAUGUUGCUGACCGUGAUGGAGAUGUGGCAAAAGAUGGAUGCCAUUGCUUGUCGCUCCUUCCCAUUGCUCUCUGAGUUUCAUCCAGUUUUCCAGCCGCAGAUGCUCGACGUCCUUCUUCUUCCUCAAUUUUCGGACAUGGUACGGCUCAACGCUCUUCAGCUGCUCCUAUCUGAUCGCGUGAGACGCGCGAACAGCGACCGCCGAAACAUCUUCGAGGACCCUUCGAUCGGCUGCUUUGGAGAAAGAUACUAUUCUGAGUCGUCGGAUGCGGCUGCUCUCAAGCAGCUGCAUGAGUCGAUCGUUGAGAUGGCAGACGACACGCGCGAACGGAAACUGGAAGAGUGGAAAACGAAAACCCAGAAAUACGACAAUCUGAUCCGCCGUAUCGACACCAGUGCCUGCACCUACUUCCCAGAUGAUAUCGACCCGUUGGGUCGUGGACGUCACGACCCGGAUUGCCUCAGAUGCGGCUUGAUGUGGAACGCGCAGAAAAUGCGGAUCGCCAUCUUCGAGGAUCCCUUACCGACAGAUCCCAUUGCCACGCGGGCUGUCAUUUUCGAACUUGCCUGCCCAAGGGAAUUCACCAUUUAUCGCGAUACCACUUGGUGGAUUCUCCGACAACUGGCAACUCCCUUUGACGACGAGGGUGUCAAGCCUAGAUGCUUGCUCAAAGAUUAUGUCCAACUGAAGCCCUUCUUCGAGGUAGGCUCAAGCAAAGUCGGCUUGGCAUCGACUACGAAACCUUCGCUUGUUCUGCCCAGGUCAUCUCCCUUCGCCAGGAUUUUCGAUAACAGGACAUUCGCCGUGGAUGGGCCUGGACCCUCAUCCUACGAAAUUAUGGCCAGUCAGUCCGGUUGUCCCGCCGGUGCCAAUUUGCACGAGUAUCUGGCGAUGCAGACACUGAUGUGUGGCAAAUCGCAACGAUGGAUUGCUUUGCUGACUGAACUUGGAUCCACCAACUUGAACUUUUCCAGCGAAGUUACUAUGCUCGUUGUGUCUCACCUCGCAACCCUCAGCGGACCGAUGGACGAUGACAACAGCAGCAGUACGAACAACGAUACAGGUGUUCGGGGCGAAAACCUUUGCCGGGCGGCAUAUGCCGGGGGCAGGAACAACAAGGAUGUCCUACGGAAGGUUCACAAGAUAUUCCGCGAUCAAUGCUUCUGCGACAAAUUGGUGGAGCAGCUAUCCACGCGGUUGAACAGCAUGGAAGCUAACUGGCGCGAGACGUACUUAAUGGAUGUGGUCAUCACCAUCCUGCUGCGCACCCAUACUCUCACGGCAACAAACCCAAAUGCCUCACUCAAAGCAUUGGAGGCAUUGAUUCGAGCCCGUGAGGUUUGCUUACGUUGGGUGGAGAUGCUUCGGGCGGAGACAUACAAGUCCAGCGAUACUGAAGUGGCAAAGAGGUGUCAGCAGUACGCACUCUGGGCUGCAAUCCUUUGCAAGCGAACUUAUGUCAUCCACCGAAACCAGUCCACGAUUCUGGAUGCCAGACCCCUUCAAACUUAUAUCGAGUGUUGCAUUACAGUCCAGGACAAUUUAGUUGUGGAGGUUGGCGCAUUGCCCCAAGUUCUCCAGCACGCCGUUGUCUCCGACCUGAAGCUUUCCCAUCGCCUGGCCCCCCUGGUGGGCAACUCAAUCGUCAACAGUCCCGAUGUCUUCCGAACUGCUAUUCGAGCCGUUUGGCCGGAACCCGAAGACCGUCCCCGCCAGCUUUACCACUUGAGAUCAGAUCUGUCACAAGCGGGAUGGGUUCUUUGUGAGAUCCAAGAGAACGAUCAUGAGCAACUCGUACAGGUCCACUACAACUAUGUACAGGGACUCCUUCUCGUCGAUAACAAGCCUCUGGGAAAGCUUCCAAAGGCACCUGAGCACAUUGAGGCCCUCAAUGAGCUUUUUGGAGACCAAGCUCUUUUGGCCUUGCCCUCCGCCUCCGGCAUGGAUUACACUUUGUGCAUCCGGCCUAACAACUACCGCAUUGAUAUUGGAUUUGAAGCCGGAAACAUGAUUGUUCGAGCUAUGAAAGGAUCUCAAUUCCUCCAGCUUGUGGACCGGAAAGUGUUUUAUUCAGAGAACUCGUCCGAUCUCCCGGGGCCCCUUCUCGAAGGCUGUUUUCACUGGCUAGAUCUUCAUACCGGUACACUGUUCAUCACCCAGGCACCAGAAAUCUGGAACAUCAGCAGAUACAACUGGACUCUCAAUGUCCAUCACCAAACUUGUUCCCGAAAGCGAUUGAAUGGUGUUGAAAGAGUUGUUGACCCAGGCAGCCCUUUGUUCAACAGAGUGAGCAGAAUUUUCAGCGGCUUUGAGGACAGGCAGAAAAUCAUGGUCUAUCAACCCGAGGGAAGAAACUUACAAGUGGAGAUCAAACGGUUGCAACUUCUCUUCUACGUGAACGCUCGUCAGGUGCUUCAGUCGCCACAACUCGGAUCCGAAAUCGAUGUGGACCAGGAUGCCGGUACCUGGUACGGGCUCAGCAGCAAGCUUGUCUUUCGCAACCCGCGCGAUCCUCUGCAGAGAACAAUUCUGGUUCCGCUUGGACAGAUCGAGGCCAAGAAAGACGGAGACAACAUGCUCGUACGCACGCUUCCCGACCCGGACUACGGCAGAUUCAUCAUCAACAAAUCCCUCGGGCGUUUGGAUUGCGCAGCAGAACCGGCGCUUCUUUACACCAAGGCCCUACUGCACGCGUAUACUUCCUCGGUUUUCCCAGACCCUUUGACCGGGAGAACCGGGACUGAAGAAGCUUUGCAGUGGCUUUCUUCCGGGGUCUGCCAGCCAUGGCAGGUGUUGGGCAACGGUCCAUGUCAUAAACUUCUGAAGAUCGCCGAGCUGAGCCCCCGGCACGACUACUACCCCGAUGACUUGAAAGUCAUGAAGACGGACAACUGGAAUGAUCAAGCGACCGAGAGCAUUCAGCAUGAAGAUUUCAGGCCACUAGUUGAGAAGAUUCUAUCGACCUCCGACGAGCUUCAAACAUUUUCGCUGCUCGACGCCCAUCCAGGUUUGGCGCUGUUACCUCCACCCGGGAACGAGCAUCUUCGUGACAGGGCGAAGUCCCGCCGACAAGUCUUUGAGCGAUCAUUUGACGACAAGAUAAACAUCGGCCCGGUAAAGGAUGAGGAAUAUGGCCCUCGCGACAGUCCUAUGCCUUCCAACCCUCGCCACCGCCAAACGCUUGAAGUUGUUCAUCUCAUCCGAACUUGGCCUGAGAAAAUGGAAACCACACAGUCUCUAGCUCAACAACUCUCCAUGGGCAGUACUGUUGGUGGGUUUAGAGACGUUUUCGACAAGGUCUCACUGAGUGAUCGCCUGAGUGUUGAUGCCGUGGCUCACUGGGGGUCCCUGGUGAAGGCUUGCAUAGUGCAGGAAAGCCCUUUUGCCUUGAUGUUUACCCUGGCACCAAUCGCAUUCAGUUUCAAAGUGGACUUGGGGCUGGUCAAGACUCUUGCAGCGUUUGGCAUAUUUGAAGAGUUGAAAGCCGUUGAUCUUCCCAUCUGGGAAGAGUACGAGCGAUUCAAGCCCAAUCAAUCGCCUCAACUCGAGUCCCUCACGAAACUCAUCUUGCCCUUCCGCACCCCGCCACCCAGAGAUGACAGCGAUGAAUUGCGGCAAUUUGCCAGUGCCAAACUUCUCCGAAAAAUGAGGGACCAGAAAGAUACCUGGGAAAGACGAUCUGAACAGGACUGCAAAAUCUUGGCAAAUUUUCUCCUCGCUCAAUGGCCCUGUGUGGAGCCUAAUGUUGCAGGGCUCUCAAACUCUUUACUUGUCGACGUCGGGGCUGCUUUGGAUAUUGUCAGAGAAGAGUGGAAGAGACUUUACCAGAACAUGGAUUUGUCGAUUCAUCUCGAUGCCGUUCAGAAUGUUCUCAACCGACGACGCGGUGACGAGGACUCGGCCUACGAAUGCCCGCUCUUCAUACCCUCCGAAGAAAUACUCCAGGAACGUCUUCGCGGGGGUGAGAUACCACGUCUGAGGGCCGACCUACUCAGAAAGGCUUUCCCUGUAGCCAACGGCUCGCACAGUACCAAGGCUCCGAAUGGGACCAAGACCCCGAACGGCACUGAGCACAACAUAAAGAGAAACGUCAAGCCUCCCAGUGCUCCAGCCAUGCCUCGCCACCCGGCUCACAUCCGUGGACCUAUUGCCCUGCCGACUACUUCCAACUCGCGAAGCACAGGCACAAAUGUCUUGGCGCCCAGUUGGAUGUCAUCGAAAACGGCAUUGAUACCGUCAAGCGAUUCGACAGCGGAGCUGAAACAGAUUGUCACUGGGUUCUCGAUGUCUCAAUCCAUGGUACGACAGAAGUACGCAGAAGACUUGCAAAAAAGCCUGGAUGCCUUUGUGACGCGGAAGCAGCCAAGAGACUGCGCUAAGCAAACGCCACUGACCCUUGUCGCUCGAGAAGUUUCAAUGUCUCUCCUGUCUAUUCAACGUCGAUUCGACAAUAUUCAAAGGGCUUUGGAGACGCCUGACGAUAGCAUCUCUGCCCAACGUGUGUUGUGGCUCAAAUCCGGCCAGCUCUGGCCUGCUGUGACCUAUGUGACUCUUUUAGAGCAGCUGCGGACAACAGCAUCGCCUGCUGCUUUUGGUAAAUACGCCAAGGAGACGUUGAUUGGCUUUGGCCUUGCAAUCACAAAUACGCAACGAGAUCUCCGGAUCAACGACUUCGUUCUUAGAGGCGAUGCAGGAAGAUACAAGGAUGAGAUGGAAAAUCAAGGCCAUUCGAAUUGGCAGCCAGCCGAGCAUCCUGACUGGUUGCUUCUUGAGAUCGAAGCCAACUUGCUUAUCCGGCCUGAUCAAGUUGAUGUGGCUUUGGCUACCAUUUCUCCGGCGUCUGGUGCCAAUUCUGUUUUGCAGAUGAACAUGGGACAAGGCAAAACAUCCUGCAUCAUUCCGAUGGUUGCCGCAGCCCUGGCAGAUGGCCAACACCUUGUGAGAGUUGUUGUGCCAAAAGCCUUGCUACUGCAGACGUCGCAGCUACUCCAGGGCCGGCUGGGCGGGUUGCUGGAUCGUCAAGUCCGCCAUAUCCCGUUCUCCCGCCGGACACCUACAGACGAAACCAUCAUUCGCGCUUAUCACAGAGUCCACCGAACAAUUUUGAAGCAGGCAGGAGUCAUGGUCUGUCAGCCUGAGCACAGUUUGUCUUUCAUGCUGAGUGGCCUACAACGUCUCCUUGACAACCGAGUGCCAGAAGCAGGACCGAUGAUCAACGUCCAGACCUGGCUGCGAACUCGCUGUCGCGAUAUUCUUGACGAGUCCGACCACACACUGGCUGUUCGAACGCAGCUUAUCUAUCCAUCUGGUUCUCAGAUGACGGUUGAUGGCCAUCCCCAUCGGUGGCAGGUAGCCCAGGCAGUCUUACGUCUGGUAGACCGCCACUCGUACAGCUUAGCGCAUGCUUUCCCUAACUCGGUCGAAGUUGUUCGACGCCCCUGUGGAGGGUUCCCUAUCCUCUACUUCCUCCGGCCUGACGCAGAGGAUGGAUUGAUUCGCGGACUUACGACGGAUAUCGUGCGAGGUAUUGACGGAAUACUCCCAAACUUGGAUCCAGAUGACCGUCGUGCGGUUCGAAACUUCCUGACAGCAAAGCCGCAUGAGACCGUCAUACAACAUGUCAAACAGCUUUGCCCAGAUAGACCUUCGGUUCGUCAGACUGUGUACCUGCUGCGAGGAAUCUUGGUCAACCGCAUCCUCAUGAUGACUCUCAAGAAGAGAUGGAACGUCCAGUACGGAUUGCAUCCCCUUCGGGACCCCAUUGCAGUCCCUUAUCACGCCAAAGGAGUGCCAAGCGAACAGUCGGAGUGGGGACAUCCAGACGUCGCAAUUCUGUUCACCUGCCUCGCUUUUUACUAUGACGGUAUCAGCAUCGCUCAGCUCACCCAGUCUCUUGAGCAUCUACUAAAGUCGGACGACCCAUCAGCCGAGUAUGAAAAAUGGACACAAGCUGCAGAUGCGUUUCCGGAGUCUCUCAAAGCCUGGAACUCCAUCAACGUGGACGACGACAUGCAGCUCGCAGAGAUUUGGAAGGCCGUGCGACACAACAUCCCAACCAUCGAUUAUUUCAUGAACAAUUUCGUAUUCCCGCAGCAUGCGAAGCAAUUCAAGGUCAAACUCCAAUCGAAUGGCUGGGAUAUUCCCCUGUUCUCGGUCACCAACACCUCGCUUUCUUGCAAUAGCGGAACGGAAGGGCGGCCUCCAGCCCUCACCACUGGUUUCAGCGGCACCAACGACAAUCGGACUAUGCUGCCUCUCACAAUCAAGCAAGAGGAUCUUCCAGGUCUAUCCCACACCAACGCCGAGGUUCUGACCUAUCUACUUCACCCCCGGUCUCGCGAAUGCCACAGGAUUGUUGGUCGCUACGGCGCAAGAGCCUCGGAGUCAGAUUUACUGGAAGAGCUCAAAAGGCGCGACAUCAAUAUUCUCAUCGAUGCUGGAGCUCAGAUUCUUGAGAUGAACAACGUAAGCCUUGCGAUGAAGUGGCUCGAGAUCGACGGACGAGCUCUCGCUGCCCUGUACUUUGACGAACAAAACAAGCCGUGGGUUGUUCAGAGGGGAGGAAGAACGACCCCCUUUUUGGCCUCGCCGUACGCAGACGACUUGAGUAAGUGCCUCGUGUACUUGGAUGAGGCUCACACAAGAGGCACUGAUCUCAAGUUCCCACCGACCGCUCGGGGUGCGUUAACCCUCGGCCUGGGACAAAGCAAGGAUCACACAGUUCAGGCUGCUAUGCGUUUGCGACAGCUAGGGACGACCCAGUCUGUGACCUUUUUUGCUCCGCCAGAGGUUCAUCAGAGCAUCCUCGACCUUCAGUCGAAGUCAAGUGGUGCGCAGCUCGACUCACACGACGUCAUAUGCUGGCUGCUAGACAAUACAUGUGACGGGAUUGAACAGUUGCAGCCUCUUUACUAUGCUCAAGGCAUCGAUUAUUGCCGGCGCAUGCAAGCAGCAGUCGAAAAUCCCGACUUCCUUCGAGAUUCGCAACAGCGCGAGGAUUAUCUUGCCAUCAUCAAGCAGAAUGAACAGCACACCCUUCAACAACUUUACGAGCCAAAACGCAAGAUCAAGGGCACUGGGGAGUUCCGCGCAGGAUCAGAUAUGAAGAUUAGGUCAUUCGUCAAGGAGCUCAAUACGAGGCGGAAGGCAUUUCAAGACAAUGGCCGAGCAGUUCACGCGUCUGCUUUGCAAGAGGUCGAGCAAGAACGAGAAAUGGCGUUCGAGGUGCAAACGGUUCGGCAGGUCAAGAGGCCUCAAUCGUAUCCUGCAUUGUCAUUUCCAGGCUUGCAUCAAGACAUCGAGUCCUUUGCAAAGACAGGAAGGAUGCCCGCCGGCGCGCAGGCGCUUGUUCCGGUCUUCAAGUCUUUGGCCAAGACUGGUAACGGAAAGAAGUACAAGAUAUCCGACCGGCUCUUCCCAGCAAGACUAUUCGUGUCGACAGAGUUUGAGCGGACUAUCAAACUCACCUUUGACUUGACCAAUGACAACUUUCUUCGGAAUGUCAACUGGAUUCUAUGGAGCCAGUCAAGCGAGAUUGCAGUAAUUAUCAUUCCUGAGGAAGCUGAGAUGCUUCUGCCCUUGAUGCGAAGCAAGGCUUUCAGGCCCGCCACCCAUCUCCUCACCUAUUCCGCGCCUGUCACCCGCAAAAUGUUACACUUCGGCGAAUUGAAUUUCUACAGCAUUCCCCUCCUCCCAGAGGAUUGGAAAGCACCAAUGUGGUUGAAGAUCGAGCUUGGAUUAUAUGCCGGACGACUGUACUUCGAGUGGGACGAAUACGCUCAUAUUUGCAAUCUUCUGGGCAUUGAUGAGGAUUCGUCUCUCGAGUGUUUGGACGAAUGCUCCGAUGAAGGACCCACUGAGGAUCAAACUGACGGACCGAAUCAAACUGCCAACCGGGCUGCUGCUUCAUCCAGCACUGGUUUGACCUCCCGGCCUCUGACUUUCUUGCAAGAGUGGUUGGCUGCACGGCGUCGCGGCCAGGACUUUGUGUCAACUCCCAUGGGCUUUGUCGCUCAGGGCAAGCCUCUUCAAGCCAGUCACCCUUUCUUCCGGAAAGCCGAGGAGAACGCCAAAUGUGAGAGACUGUUUGUUCCAGUCAAUCGAAAACAUGUGCAACAAGACGCCGAAGACCACCCUGUGGAUUAUUACGAUAUGGAUUUUAUGGGCAACCAUGGGGAGCCGGAGAGUGACGCUGAGUACGCAGAGAUUGAGUACAACGACUCGGAAAUGGAGAGUGGAAGCGAAGAAUUGGAGUCAGAAGACUGA